CCGGCAGGGAGGCUGGGGAGCGACUGGGCCUCGCGCAGAAGUGGGUGGCCCCGAGCCCAGCCGCGCGAGUGGGGAGCAGCCGCACCACCGGCGGGACCGCCCCAGCCAGCCGGAGGACACCCCGAUGCCCGGUGCCCGCCGGGCCCGCCCGGGCCCAUGCCAUGCUGGUCACCGUGUACUGCGUGCGGAGGGACCUGUCCGAGGCGACCUUCUCCCUCCAGGUCAGCCCUGACUUCGAGCUCUCCAACUUCCGCCUGCUCUGCGAGCUCGAGUCCGGCAUCCCCGCCGCCGAGACCCAGAUCGUCUUCCUGGAGCGGCUCCUGGCCGACGACCAGCGCUCCCUGGGCUCCUACGGCCUCCGGGACGGCGACGUGGUGGUGCUGCUGCAGAAGGAGGGCGCGGGCCCGCGGCCGCCCGGACGCACGUCCAGCCUGGCGAGGCCCGACCCCGCCGGCGUAGCGGUGCCCGGCACGUCCAGCUGCCGCCCGCCGCCCGCGCCGCCCGCGCCGCCCCCGCCGCCCCGCGCCCCGCAGCCGCCCCGCGCCCCGCAGCCGUCCCACGGCCUGGGCUCCGGGGAGAAGAUGACGCGCGCGCAGGGUGUGGACAGCCCCGCCCUGAUCCGCAGCCUGCUGCUGUCCAACCCGCACGACCUGUCGCUGCUCAAGGAGCGCAACCCGGCCCUGGCCGAAGCCCUGCUCAGCGGGAACCUGGACGCCUUCUCCCGCGUCCUCCUGGAGCAGCAGAGGGAGCGGGCCCUGCGGGAGCAGGAGCGGCUGCGCCUCUUCACGGCCGACCCGUUCGACCCGGAGGCUCAGGCCAAAAUCGAGGAAGAAAUCCGGCAGCGCAACAUCGAGGAGAACAUGAGCAUCGCGAUGGAGGAGGCUCCGGAGAGCUUCGCGCAAGUGACCAUGCUCUACAUCAACUGCAAGGUGAACGGACACCCUCUGAAGGCCUUCGUGGACUCCGGGGCCCAGAUGACCAUCAUGAGCCAGGCGUGCGCCGAGAGGUGCAACAUCAUCCGGCUGGUGGACCGCCGCUGGGCUGGCAUCGCCAAGGGCGUGGGCACGCAGAGAAUCAUCGGCCGGGUGCACCUCGCCCAGAUCCAGAUCGAAGGCGACUUCCUCCAGUGCUCGUUCUCCAUCCUGGAGGACCAGCCCAUGGACAUGCUGCUAGGCCUAGACAUGCUCAGGAGACACCAGUGUUCCCUCGACCUGAAGAAAAACGUGCUGGUGAUCGGCACGACGGGCACGCAGACGCACUUCCUUCCCGAGGGAGAGCUGCCGCCCUGCGCCAAGCUGGCGUGCGCGUCUGGGCAAGAACAGCCUCCCGACAGGGAAGCUGCGGGUACUAUUAAGCAUUCAGUCAAGGACUUAGGACGGAAAAAGCGUUGAAAUGGGUUAUGAAUAUGCCACCGUCUUGAGGGAGCACCAGGUCCCAGGAGAUUCUAAGCACGGGCUCCCUGGCAGUGUAAUCAUUAAACACAUCAGUAACA